AUGGCAAAUAAUAAAUAUAUUGUUGCGGAGUUUAAAGAUGGCUUGCAGUUGAUACCUGCAAUAUGCUUAAUCGCCUUUAAUGCUGAUACAUUUUUAAAUAUUUGGCCUAGUCACUUUAAAACAAAACUUCGUAUUAAUAAGGCUAUAAUGGCCAGAGAAAUACCAAAAGAAAAGUCAGAUUGGGAGGAGUUACUCGUAAAGAAAGUUUUUACCAUUGCAAAUUCGUACGAAGAGGGUAUGCAGAAAUUAUGCUUAGCGGAAGAUACAUCAAAUAUUGAUGAAACAGGUGUAUCAUCUAACGAAAUAACGAGAGAAAAAAAGACGCAAAAGCAAAAAAAAUAUGUAUCAUCAUCUUCUGAAGACGAUUCGUACUUUAAGGCAGUCGCGUCGAAAACGGAAAAAGACAGUGUGUUAAAGAAAAUAAAAAAUUAUACUAUACACGGUUGGCCAGCAAACACAAACAAGCUAUCGCGAGCAGAAAAAUCAUUCUAUAAUAAACGUCUAGAAUUAUCUUUAGAAGACGAGUGCUUACUUUGGAGCCACCGCCUAGUUAUACCAGAGUCAUUAAAAGCAGACGUUUUGUACGAACUACAUCAGUCGCACCUGGGCAUAGUCAAGGUAAAAAUGCUCGCAAGAUCGUACGUUUGGUGGCCAAACAUAGAUGCCGACCUCGAGGCAUUAAUCCGAACAUUUAUAACAUGUUCAGAAGAACGUAAAAAACCACCGCGUGCACAACUAACACCGUGGCCAUGGCCGGACAAGGAAUGGAGCAGAAUCCAUUUAGAUUUUUUAGGGCCAUUUUUCGGUCACAUGUUCUUGGUGGUUGUGGACGCGCACUCGAAGUGGCCGGAAAUCAUAGAUUUCAAGUCCAACACUACGGCUGAGAAACUGAUUAAAGCAAUGAGCAAUGUGUUCGCUCGCCAUGGGUUACCACAGCACGUAGUGACGGACAACGGAAGGCAGUUUGGUCUUGAGGAAGCGAUUAGUAUAUUCCUGUCUGAUUAUCGUACUAUACUGCAUUGCACGACAGGUAAGAGUCCUGCAUUUUUAUUGUAUAAGCGAGAGCUUCGCACGCGUUUCGAUAUGUUGCGCCCGAGUGCAGAAGCUAAGGUACUAGCUAAACAAGAGGCGCAAAUUGCGAAUAGUAGCGGUCUCCGUAACCCCUCAUUCGAAGUAGGUGACAUUGUAAUGACCGACGAUCACGGCAUAGGCAACGUCAAACGUACCGAAACAAAAAUUGUUAAGCGUCUUACGCCGUCAACAUUCGAAGUAAAAGUUGCGCCUAACAGCAUUUGGAAGCGUCAUUGCGAUCAGCUGAUAGAAUACGAGGCUAAGGGGCCAGUGAGGCAUUCGUCCGAGCGUUUAAGACAAAUGGCGCUGAGAAGCAAUCUAAAGCGGGAGGAGUUGUAG